AUGUCUCUUUGGUCGUUUGUUGUGUUUUGGUUUUAUUUGGGUUCGUUUUUUGUAGUUGGUACCGUUGCAGCAGCGUUUGUCUUACCAUUUAUGACUGCAUCUUUGUUCUUCGCUACUGGUGUUGUAAUAUGUGGCUUUUUCAGUAACUUGAGCUUCAAAUCUGCUCAAUUGCUUUAUGAUCAAUUCGUGGGCACUUUACAAGCAACCCUUAAGAACAUGGCUGAUCAAGUUCCACCUGUUGCGGGCGAUGACCAAGGUGAUGCUCCACAGCGGCAGCAGGGCCCAGAGAUUCAGAAACUACAAAACCAAAAAAUGUUGGACAGCAUAUUUGAAGAAGUACUCAACACGGAAACCGUUACCAAUGCUACCCGAGAAGAAGUCCUCGAAGGAGUAGAAGGACCCCAGCAUACUACUAAUGGAUGUUUGAUUCCAGACUCUGUACCGAAGUUAAAAGCUCAAAGGGAGACAAUUCACGAAGAGAACGAACCUAAGGACCAUACGCUCGAGCAGAAUCAGGAACAGGAACACGCACAAAAGAACGAAUAUAAAAAGGAAGAGGAACAAUCACCGGAUUUGAAUCGAACAGCUGAACUUGAAGAGCUUACUGGAUCUCUGAACCAUGCUCCUUCGAUUACUCCCUCAUCUCUAGCUCCGGAGACUAUUCCUAUUGGAGCCUAA